AUGAUAUUACAAAGAAAAAUUCUCAAUAAUAAUAUAUAUAGAAACUUUUCAACUUUCAAUUACAACAAUGCAGUUAAUCAUUCCGUUAUUCCUAUAAUAGAUAUAAAACAAUUUAAAUAUGGUUCAGACCAGACAAGACAAUCAAUUGCCAAUGAGAUUUACAAUGUUGGUAAAAAUAUUGGUUUCAUGUAUAUAAAGAAUAGUGAAAUAGAUGUCAAACUAAAGACAAAAACAUUGGAGUACAAUCAGUGGUUGUUUAAUCUACCUAUUCAAAAAAAACAAUUAUUUGCACAGACUGAUCAAAAUAUAAGAGGCUAUUAUCGAUUUCAAGGUGUUGGAUAUGGUGAACAACUCGUUAUCGAUGAUGAAACCGGUCAUGCAAAAUCUAUAGAUGAAAAUAACAAUAACCACGAAAUAGAAGAUGUAAUCGAAGCUUUUCUAGUUGGUAAUGACCAUCAAAAGCCUUGGGUAUUGAAAAAGGAUUACUAUGAACAAAGAUAUGGCAAAAAUCAAUCCUCUAGAUUCAAGUGGUUGCCAAAUUGCCAACCAAAUCAGUGGCCAGCAACUGAACCAAGUGAAAAUGGAUUUGAAAACGAUGAUACAUUGACUGAAAACGAUUUAAAAGUGGCGAAAGCUUUUAGAAAUCAUAUGAAUCACUAUUUUGAUGUCUGCUCUCAGACUGCAUCCACCAUUGUGAGUGCAAUCGCGCUGUCUUUAGCUCUACCUUUAAAUCAUUUCGAUCAUUUUCACUCAAAGAACGAUCAUACAAUGGAGUUAAAGCAUUAUAAACCAUCAACAAAUACCAAUAAGAAUAACAAGGUGAGAAUGAAUGAACAUGCUGACCUCAGUACUCUCACACUUUUAAUACAGAAUAAAGGUACUGAUGGAUUACAGCUUUGGAAUCAAUCAGAAUGGAUCGAUGCACCUUUCCUAGAUGAUGCUAUUCUUGUUAAUACAGGUGACGUCAUGGAACGACUAAGUAAUGGUCAAUAUAAAAGUACAAAGCAUAGAGUGGUCAUGAACAACCAGAAAUCACAUCUAUCGAGAUAUUCAACUGUUUUCUUCUAUGUACCAAACUGGGAAAAGGAAAUCACAAACUCUGACCUCAUGGGUGAUCUCAUACCUUUUAGUUAA